AGAAUUUCUGCUCAUCUGAAGAGACCAAUCUGCAUCGUACUGUCUAGACAAGAUGGAUUCUAUGUUAGCGAGUCACUUUGCUGGCCUGUCCACACGGGGCAAAGUGAUGGCGGAGUACGUCUGGCUUGGAGGCUCCGGCUCCGACCUGCGGUCGGCGACCAAGGUGCUGUCGUUCAAGCCCAGCAGCCCUGCGGACGUCCCGCUCUGGACGUGUGAUGGCGUGGCGACUGGUCAGGAGGACGGCCCGUGCUCCGUCGUGUAUCUGAAAGCCCGCAGUAUCCACCCCGACCCGCUAAGGGGUGGCGACCACAUCCUGGUGCUCUGCGACACAUUCCAGGCUCCCUCCGUGGAGGCGGACGUGGGCUCGCCAGAGCUCCACCCACAUCCCACGAACAAUCGGGCGCCCUGCGAUCGCGUCAUGCGGGCGGCAGCGGCUAGCCAGCCAGUGUUCAGUUGCCACCAGCAGUAUACACUGCUGAACCCAGAGACCUGCUGGCCAAUAGGAUGGCCGGAGCGAGCCACUGGAGCCACAUCGUCUAGCCAGUCUUAUUGCGGCACAGGCACUGGAGUAGCUGUGGGGCGAGAGUUCGCGGAAACGCACUUGAGAUCAUGUCUGCAUGCUGGCCUCCGUGUAUCUGGAACAAUGCCUGAUGCUGUACCCGGUCAGUGGUCCUACCAAGUGGGACCAUGUAGGGGCAUUGAACUAGCGGACCACCUAUGGCUAUCACGCUACCUAUUGCUGAGAUUGUCUGAGCAGUUCAAGGUUAUUGCCUCUACAGACCCCAAACCAGUGCCAGGGGAUUGGUCGGGCAAUGGAGCGGCAGUGAAAUUCAGCACUAAGGAGACUAGGGAGGAAGGCAAGGGCUGGUUUGUCAUCCAAGAACAUCUCAGGCGCCUACAACAUACGCACAUGCAGCACAUGGUGGCAUAUGGCGUGGGCAAUGCCAAGCGCUGGCAGGGGCCCUGCAGCAAGGCAGCUCAGAGCGGCUCUCUGCUUGACUUCACUGUGGGCAUGGAGAACAGAAACGCCUCCAUUCGCAUACCCCACUCUGUGCUCCUGCAGAAGCGCGGCUGGUACGAGGAUCGGCGACCUUCUUCAAACAUGGAUCCUUAUCUGGUGACCAUGCUGCUAGUGUGCACCACCCUGCAGAUGCCAUUGCCCAUGACUGAUGGCAAGCCUGCAGCUCCGUGCGCCAGGUGA